AUGCGCAUUAAAAAUAAAAAAAAUAUCCAUAGAAAUAUAACCAUGCACAAAGAAGACCCACUCUCCGUAAAGUACCCAGAUGAAUAUAUUCACCUACUGAAGCAGCACGCUGUAAAUAUGCAAGAGGAGAAUUAUUCCACACAGGCCCUAGAUAUAAUAACCUCAAUAAUAUAUUACUGCCCGACUAAUUACACUGUGUGGGUCGAUAGAAGAAAAGUUCUUGGUAAAAUCCCCAGGGACACGUACAAUUACAACAAGGAGCUGACUUGGAUUAAAAAAAGAGCACAUGAGAAUCAGAAGAAUUAUCAAGUAUGGCACCAUUUUAAGCAUGUUUUAACAGAAAUGAACCAUGAAAUAUCAGAAGACCUGGAUAUUUUAGAAAUAGUCAGGAAAGACCCAAAGAAUAUCCACUUCUGGGGGGUAUUCCUGGCAUGCGCAAAGAAUGUGGAAAGUGCACUUGAAUAUACGAAGUACUUCAUAGAGGAAGAUGUAAGAAAUAAUUCAGCAUAUUCCAUACGGUACACAUUAAUUAGUCCAAUACUCAAGCAGGAUCCUGCGAGAUUCCAGAAGGAGAAAGAGUUCCUUUUAAGUCUCCCUGUGCUGAAGUAUAAUCUGGCGUACUGGAACUAUCUGGCAGGUUUAAAUAGAAUGUUCCCAGAGAGUGAUCUGCUUGUGAGGUGUGAGGGUAUUUUAGAGUCAAAGGAAGUGCCAAAAUAUUAUGAGGAUUAG